UGAUGAUUAGAAAAUCAUUUUGUUAUUUUUAUGAUCUAAUUUAACAAGAACUAAGUAGAGAGUAUAUAAUAUAUAUAUAUUAGUUAUUAGUAUUGGCAAAAAUAUAGAAAUCCUAUACCAUACUAUAAACUGGUCAUUUAUCAAUUUUAUUUCAAUUUUAAUGAAAUAAAUAAUUGUGUUAACUACUUAAAGAAGACUCUUUUUAAUAAAUUUGAAAUUUCAUUCAAUAGAUAAAUAGAUAGGAAUUCUUUAAAAAAAUUUUUAAUCACUUUCAUUUACCAAAAUAGAUAAAAAUAAAAAGGAUUAGCAAAAUUAAUUACUUGA